UGGCAACAGUUUGUUCAAAGUUUAACGAACAUGAACAUUUUUCAGUCUUUAUCUUCUACGGUAAGUUACUGGAAACCAGCUGCAUAAUUACAGCUAAUUUUUCACAGUGAUAUGUAAAAUCUUUGAGAAAAUAUUUUGUUUUACAAAAUAACAAAGUUGACACUGCAUCUCAAUUUCCUACAUAACUUUUGAAUAAAGUAAAAAAAACUGAUUUGUGAGUUAUGAAAUGAAGAGUGAAUUUGUCUCAGGGACCCUUGGGUAAUUUUGAUGAAGUAUCUAACUAAAUAUUUUAAGGCUAUACGCUUCAACAUUUACUUACACAUGCUGUAAGACAAUCAUCUAAUUGGUAGAAAAAUGUACAAGUGACGUUUUCAGCAAAGAUGCAAUCUUAUCUUUUGGCAGAGGUUAAAUAUUAAUUGGUGGACGAAACAUAAUUUAUUUUUAUGUAUGAAUUAUGUAACAUUUGCUAAAUAAAUGAUGCCACCUUUCGAUAUGAUGUAAUCAUGUAAAGAUCUUUAUCUAAAUGUCUUCAAACAUUGCUGCUUAUGUAAUGUAAACCACACCUCUUAGUCAGGUAUAUAAUGGUCAUCUACAUCAUUUACACUUCAUCUGGAUCAGCCAUGGCACUGCACAUCUCUCUGAUUCUCAUCGCUCUUUUCUGCUCCAAAGCACUGGCACUCAUUUGUUAUAACUGUACAGAACUAAACUGCACACAGACCUGUGACUCCACUGACAAGUGUGGCUCCACUUUUAAAUAUAACAGUACCACAAAUCAAAUGACUACCAGUAGGGGUUGUAUAAGUUCUGCCUGCAAUUUAAACAUCAGUUAUGGAACCGUCAGAAUAAAUGUCCAAUGCUGUGAUGCAGACAAAUGCAACAAUCAGAAGGCACCAGGGCAAUCUAAUAAUAACAACAACACAUGUUACACCUGCAAUGGCACAGACUGCUCAAAGAUUUUGGAUUGUAAAGAUGAUGAGACGCAUUGCUUCAGUGGAACAGACCUAUCAAAAAACAUCACUUACAAAGGAUGUGUAAGCGACUGUGAGGUUCCUAAAACAUGGUGGUCUAACUAUACUACUACUAAAUGUUGCCCAGGAAACCUGUGUAAUGAUGCACAGAGCUUGACCUUGAGUUUGGUGCUCCUGCUGCUGCCUCCACUUUUUACACCCUUCUGAUCUGAGAUCUGUUCUAGUUUAGGCACUGUGUACGUUUUUUUUUAAGUAGAGUUUAUACACUUUUAAAAAAUUAAGGCACUUCAAAUUUUCUUCACAGUAAUGCCGUAGGAGAACCAUUUCCUCCUCAAAGAACCAUUCAGUUAAAUGUUUUAAAGAAGAACCAUUUCUUUCAUACCUUAAACCAAAAAAAAAACAUUUUCACUACAAAGAACCUUUAUGGUUCCUUGUGGAAUCAUUCAGGCAAAAAUGGUUCUUCUACUAUGGCAUUGUGAACCUUUAUUUUAAAGAGAUAUUUUAAUGUAAAACUGCUUGAAGCUGUACCAUUUCAGGAUAAUUAAGAGUAUAUUUCUUUCAAACUUUGUUUUAAAAGUCUUCAUUUCUAACUGAAUUGUAUUUCUUAUAACAUCUGAUAAGAUAAUAAUAAGAUAUGAUAAGAUAACAUGUAGUUACUCGUAGAUAUGUAGGCUAUAGUUUUGCUAAAGCAAAUAGUUUAAAGGAAAUGUUGCAGGUGAUCAUAUUUGAGUAAUGUUUUUAAAGAUUGCAUCAACAAAGAAUAUUGUGAUAUUAUUA